UCCGCAGCCUCCGCUGCCGCCAUCUUUGUUUCGGCAGACAACCUGCAAGCCAAAAAGUACAAGGGCCGGACGCCGUGGCUCACGACCGUAAUCCCAGCCCUUUGGGAGGCGGUGGGCCACCAGAGGUCGGGAGUUCCAGACCAGCCUGACCAACGUGGUGAAACCCUGUCUCUACUAAAUACAAAAAAACUACGCGGGCUUGGUGGCGGGUGCCUGCAAUCCCAGCAGGAGGUUGCAGUGAGCCGAGAUUGGGCCACUGUACUCUAUCUAGCGUGGGCGACAAAAGCGAAAAAUCUGUUUCAAAGAAAAAAGAAGUACGAGGAAAAAGUCGGAGUCAGUGAGUUUUUCGCUAGAGACAGAGGAACAAAGAGAGACCGAGAGAGAAGGAGCGCGCCGAUGACGUCACGGUCGGCGUUUCCGCCAUCUUGGUUUUGGACCGGGAGGCGGCAACUUCGGAAGUGCACUGCGGGUGCGGUUGUUGAAAUGCUGAGGCUCGGAGGCCGCGGGAUUUUGCUGGCCCUGGCCGUGGCCGCAGCAGCGGUGAUGGCAGCACGGCUUACGGGCUGGUGGAGUCCCCGCGCUGGCUUUCGCCUUUUCAUACCGGAGGAGCUGUCCCGCUACCGCGGCGGCCCUGGGGACCCAGGCCUCUACUUGGCGUUGCUCGGCCGUGUCUACGAUGUGUCCUCCGGCCGGAGGCACUACGAGCCUGGGUCCCACUAUAGCGGCUUCGCAGGUCGAGAUGCAUCCAGAGCAUUUGUGACCGGGGACUACUCUGAAGCAGGCCUUGUGGAUGAUAUAUCUGACUUGUCAUUCUCUGAGAUGCUGACACUUCAAAGUUGGCUUUCAUUCUAUGAGAAGAAUUAUGUAUGUGUUGGAAGGGUGGUAGGACGGUUCUACGGAGAGGAUGGGCUGCCUACCCCAGCACUGACCCAGGCGGAAGCUAUGAUCACCAAAGGCCUGGAGAGAAACCAGCAGGAGCUGGAAGAGAAGCAGGCAUUCCCGCCGUGCAAUGCGGAGUGGAGCUCAGCCAGGGGCAGCCGGCUCUGGUGUUCCCAGAAGAGCGGCGGUGUGAGCAGAGAAUGGACUGGUGUCCCCAGGAAGCUGUAUAAGCCAGGUGCUAAGGAGCCCCGCUGUGUGUGUGUGAGAACCACUGGUCCCCCUAGUGACCAGAUGCCAGACAGCCCGACACACAGAAAUCGUGGGGACUUGGACCACCCACACUUGGCGGAAUACACGGGCUGCCCACCUCUCGCCGUCACAUGCUCCUUCCUGCUCUAAGCGGAGCCUUUCAUGUUGCUGACACACAGAGCUCUGCUGAGAACUUGAGCAGGCCCUUGACACGCAUGCGGCCUGGGAUGGCCCCUGGCAUGAAACAGGAGGAUCUGGAAGGACUCUGGCUGUAUUCUGCAAAUGUGACUCUUGCCCUCACCUUGGCUCAGUGCUGUGGGACCCGAGGGACAGCCCAGCCACAUGCCUAGUACUGGUCAGCGGCUCACCACGACUCCCCUCGACCCACUGGUCAUCUUCCUCAGAGCCUGCAGAUACCAGUGGGCCACGACUAUUAUCAACUGAAUUUCAACUUGAAUUUAUACCCAAAAGCCUGCUGAGCUGAUCAUGGCUGGGCCAAUACAUUAAGAGGCAGUAAUCACUUAGGAUGGCUGAUUCUGGAACUGGAAAAGCUUUUGCUCACAUGGAUACAGCACAUCCAGAUAUCUCUGAGCAAAACAACAAUUUAAAGCAGAGGCACUUUUUCUCCUUUAAGGACUUAAAAUCAGGUGUGGUGUGUUUUCAAAGGCAGAGGUCUGCAUUUUGAGCAAAAGGUAGUUUCCCAGCUCUGACAAGGUAACUGGUUAGCAUGAUAUUAAACUUUGGACAAGGCCGCAGACUUCAGGUGGCUGGGCUUCCGCUCAUCCAGUGUGUGUGUGUCCAGGGUCAUCUGCAAUGCCCUACACUUGACAGGCGUCACACCUGUUACCUCUUGACUGCCUACUAAGGUAGAUGGGGGCAAGGCAUGUUCCCACUUCACAGACAAGUGGAGGCCGGCAUCACCGCCGUGCCAUGGCCUCUGCUCAUCACCCUCAGAGCUUUGCCUGACUCCCUUCCCAUUUGCAUUCUCACCCUAGACAUCCUCUGCCCUUCCUCCCCUCUCCACUGCCUCCUUUCUGUCAUUCAUUUCACCAAAUCACUUCCAGAUUCACAGACUAGAAAAUAGAGGCUGCCUCCUCCCCUUCACCAGAGACCCGCGGCUCACUGCCCUUGUGGUCACAGCUGUUCCUUCCACUUGGGAUCUGGUUCAUGGCUCCUUUCGUCUGCUCCCUCCCCACCUCCAUCUUCCUCACGUACCCCUCUUGUACCUUUCCCCUCUCCCCGCCUCAUGGAUCUUCCCCAAGUAUGCAUGAAACCGCUCACUCCUCUCACAUCAUAAAUACUCCCUCACCUCCACGGUUUGGGCUUUUACUUACUAGCUUUGCUUUUCAGCCCCAGUUGCUCUAACAAUCAGGACAGAUUCUGCGUUGACACAUUCCAUGGUCACAUCCAGCUCCUACCUAAGCUUUGUCCUCCACAAGACCCUCACUGGCUUUUGUCCUGCUCCCUUUGUCCCUCCGCCCCUUCCUUCUUAGUUGCCUUGAGAACCUUGUUUUACCUCCACAAACCCCUUUCCAUUGGCUUCUCUCCAAAUCCAGCAUGAAACCUGCAUCUCUACCCCAGGCAGAUUUCCAGAGUAUUCCAUCUUCCCUCCCAUGCUGCUUUUAGUUCUCAGGGUGAGGGGCACCAGCAGCUACACUCAUUGACACCAAGUCAGAAUCCUAGCAGCUGCCCACACUCCGCCCUCCCUCCCUUCUAGACCGCCUGCAGGUCCUGGCGGCUGUGCCUCCCGGAUUCUCUCCUCUCCCUUUCCUCUUACCUGUCCCCGGUACUCCUCCUCUGGCUUAGGCUGUCACUUCUCACUCGGGUUACUGAGAAGCCUGACUGCUCCCUCCCUUCAUUCCCUCCUCCACACUGCUGUGACGUCCUUUUUUUUUUUUUUUUUUUGAGAUGGAGUUUCGCUCUUUUCCCCAGCCUCGAGUGCAGUUGUGUGAUCUCGGCUCACAAGGCCCAGGACCGUCUUUCUUAGUGGUGAUCAGGGCAUCCCCCAUUUGCGCCUCCUCAGGGGCUCCCCUUAUCUAUAAGGACUCAGUGCCACUCCUCUGCUGUGGAGCACAGGAAGCCCUUCUGUGGCCUCUCCUCUUAGGCCUGUACCUUUCCCGUCUCCUCCCCGUGCACCUCUCCAGCCUCCGUCUCACUGCAUUAUGCCUGCAGUGUCUUCACACAAGCUGUUUCUUUUGCCUGGAACGACACAUCUUCCUCCGUUGAAUUAAUCCACCCUGCAUUUAUUUCUUUAAUAUUCAGUUCAUUCAGGCCCCUCUUGGAAGCCUUCAUUAACUGUUGGCCUGGCACAGAGGCACUUUCCUUGGCUCCUACGGCACUGUGCUCAUACCACAGUAGGCUCUUAACAAUGAACUUCCAGCCAGCCUCUUGCACAGGACCUCAGACACUCUGAGGACAGAGCCCCAAUGUGACUAAGCGCUGUACCCCUGUAUCGACUUUACUCAGCACCGUACCCUAUAUCCCCGUGACUCAGCUCCAAGCCCCUGUAUCGUGACUCAGUGCCUUACACCUAUAUGUGACUCAGCAAUGUACCCCUAUAUCAGUGUGUGUCAGCUCCAUACCCCUAUAUCAACAGUACUGGGCCCUCACACUAUCCCUGCAUUCCUACCGCAAGAACAGCCUCUGGCAGCUCUAAUUGGGUUUCCACCAGACUGUACUCCCCCUGAGGUCAGGAGCCUUGAUCCUCCAACCCCCCAACCUUAACAUGAUGCCUAGCACAUAGUAGGUGCUUGGUAAGUUACCUGCUGAAUAACUAAGGAGUACUAAAUCGGGUAGACUCAGCUCCAUACCCCUAUAUCCACAUGACUCUGCAACAUAUCCCUAUAUCAGCGUAACUCAGUGCCGUACCCCUAUGUCAACAUGACUCAGCUCCAUACACCUAUAUCUACGUAACUCUGCAAUGUAGCCCUAUAUCAACAUGACUCAGCGCUGUAUCCCUAUAUAUCCACUGCACCUAGCAUGUGGAAAGUGUGUGCAGUGUUUUUUUUUUUUUGAGACAGGGUCUCAUUUUGUUGCCCAGGCUAGAGUGCAGUGGCGUGAUCAUAGCUCAUGCAGCCUCGACCUCCCUGCUCAAAAAGAUUUCCCAACUUCAGCCUCCUAAGUAGUUGGGACUAUGGGCAUGUGCUAGCAUGCCUAGCUAGUUUCUUUUUGUAGAGAUGGAGUUUCACCAGGCUGGUCUCGAACUCCUGGGCUCAGUCUGCCCACCUCGGCCUCCCAAAGUGCUGGGAUUACAGUUGUGAGCCAAGGAGCGUUUUGGCGAUAAGACAACAAAGGUAUGUAGAACUUAAGGUCACUGAUCUGAGCUCAGAACUCUAAGCUCUUGGCACCAGAUUCGGUGCCAUUUUCACUCCUCUGUAUUUCUGUACGUCUCUGCCUCCCUGGAGCAGGACCAGGAGCAGACAGAAAGGAGAAGAGCUGAAAUUAGGAUUUUCUUCUGAGUUUUAGGAAGUCCCUGAGCUCAGUGCUGAGAUUUCUCUGUUAACCAAAAUGGCCCCCAACUCUGGACUAACUGGAAACUAAUCUGCCCCUGAUUUAGUACUCCUUAAUUAUUCAGCAGGUAACUUACCAAGCACCUACUAUGUGCCAGGCAUCAUGUUAAGAUUGGGGGGGUUGGAGAAGCAAGGCUCCUUACCUUAGGGGGAGUAGUCUGGUGGUGGAAUCAACCCUAUUAGAGCUGCCAGAGGCUGUUGUUGUGGUAGGAAUGCAGGGAUAGUGUGAGGGCCCAGCCCCCAAAAGUUCUGAUCCUUCAAAAAAAUAAGCAAGGAGCAUUAGUCAUUCCAGCCAGGUGCACUCUGGCCGUGCCUAGAGGGCACCUAUCUCUGAUGCAAGACCCCCAAGUGCAGGCUCCAGGACAAACGUGGCCGGCUUCAGGGGCCUGCUCAGUGAGAACUGCUUUUUCAUACUUACCUUAUGGUACCUGUCAUGAGCCAUAAUCGGCCAAGAGCACACUAAGUUCAGGCAGCUACUCACUGUGUAAAAUAACUACUUUUGGUUAGCUAAGCCAUGAGGACAUAAGCCUAAGAAUUAUACAGUGGACUUUGGGGACUUGGGAAAGGGUUAGGGGGUGAGGGAUAAAAGAUGACAGUGUACAGUGCUCGGGUGAUGGAUGCACCAAAAUCUCAGCCAUCACCACGAAAGAACCUAUUUCUGUAACCAAACACCACCUGAAACCCCAAAACUGACUGAUAUUUUAAAAAAUUAAUUAAAAAUAAAUACAUAAAAGAG